AUGUCCAGCGACGACGCGUUCUGCAAGUACACGUACAAGCCGUGCACGAACCAGCGUGUUAUGAAGCGCAACGGAGGGCUCCACCUCCUCUGCGCCUUCCACCGGGACCCGCUUGCGACGAUGGAACCGAGCGACUUCACCGGCCCCGACGACGGCUUUGACUUGGCGUCGGUCGUCGACGAAGACGAACUCCAAUACCUCUGCGAGCUCCUCCUGAGCGGCGAGAGCGACGACGAAUAGAGCCCGCGAUCGCUGUACACUUCAGGUGUCAUCGGCGUCUGACUUAUCCUUCUAACUUUAAAACUACGUUCACGUGCC